AUGGACAAAGCAAUUAUUAUUACCCUCAUUGUUGUAGGCGUAAUCCUUCUUAUUUUCCUAAUCAUUAUUUGCAUUGUUUGCUAUUAUUGCCAUGGAUGCUGCAAAUGCAUCAAAUGCUGUGGUGAUUGCUUAGGAGAUGCAGCAGAAGUAGCCGGAGAUGCUAUUCAAGACAACGAAAAAGAAAUACAUCAGGCAGUAGGAUAUGCUGUUUCAACAGCUGUUACUGCGGCGACGACGUAUUCGAAGCAGGCGUACGAAAAUGCCAAGAAUAAUAGUAAAAAGUCUAGUAGCAGUAGCAGCAGUAGCUCUUCAUCUGACUAA